AUGCAGCUGAACACUAUGUCUCACCUUCCUCAAGAGCCCGAGUUCGAGCAGGCUUACGGCGAGCUCGCCUCUGCCCUCGAGAACAGCUCCCUCUUCAACGAGCACCCCGAGUACCGCACUGCUCUCGCUGUUGCCGCCAUUCCUGAGCGUGUCAUCCAGUUCCGCAUCGUCUGGGAAGACGACAAGGGCAACCUCCAGGUCAACCGUGGUUACCGCGUCCAAUUCAACUCUGCUCUCGGUCCCUACAAGGGCGGUCUCCGAUUUCACCCCAGCGUCAACCUGUCCAUCCUCAAGUUCCUUGGUUUCGAGCAGAUCUUCAAGAAUGCCCUGACUGGCCUUAACAUGGGUGGUGGCAAGGGUGGUGCCGACUUCGACCCCAAGGGCAAGUCCGAUGCUGAGAUCCGACGAUUUUGCCAGGCUUUCAUGACUGAGCUGUCCAAGCACAUUGGUGCCGAGACUGAUGUUCCUGCUGGUGAUAUUGGUGUUGGUGGCCGUGAGAUCGGCUACCUCUUUGGCGCUUACCGCAAGCUUCGCAACCGGUGGGAGGGUGUCCUUACCGGUAAGGGUCUCUCUUGGGGUGGCAGCUUGAUCCGACCUGAGGCCACUGGUUACGGUCUUGUCUACUACGUCGACUACAUGCUCAAGCACGCCAACCGCGGCAGCUUCGAGGGCAAGCGUGUUGCUCUCUCUGGUUCUGGCAACGUUGCCCAGUACGCUGCUCUCAAGAUCAUCGAGCUUGGUGGUUCCGUCGUCUCUCUAUCUGACUCCAAGGGAGCUCUCGUCGCCAAGGAGGGUUCUUCUUUCACUCCUGAGCAGAUCCACAACAUUGCUGCUCUCAAGAUUAAGCACCAGUCCCUGACUGCUUUCGAGCACCAGGACAAGUUCACCUGGAUCGAGGGUGCCCGCCCUUGGGUCCACGUUGGCAAGGUUGAUAUUGCUCUCCCCAGCGCUACUCAGAACGAGGUCAACAAGGAGGAGGCUCAGGCUCUCCUGGAGGCUGGUGCCUUCAUCGUUGCCGAGGGUUCCAACAUGGGCUGCACUGCCGAUGCCAUUGACGUCUUUGAGGCUCACCGUAAGGAGAAGGGUGCCCAGGCUCUUUGGUACGCUCCCGGAAAGGCCUCCAACUGUGGCGGUGUCGCCGUUUCUGGUCUUGAGAUGGCCCAGAACAGUCAGCGUAUCCAGUGGUCCGAGAAGGAGGUCGAUGACCGCCUCAAGGCCAUCAUGAAGGACGCAUUCGUCGCCGGUCUUGAGACCGCUCAGAAGUAUGUCGAAGCCAAGGAGGGCGAGCUUCCCAGCUUGGUCGCCGGUAGCAACAUUGCUGGCUUCAUCAAGGUUGCCGAGGCCAUGCACAACCAGGGUGACUGGUACUAA